UCACUGCCGAGGUAUUCAGAGAGAGAGAGUUCAGAGAGAGACCGAAUUGAGAGACAGAGAGAAGAAAGAAAACAGAGAUCUGGAAAAGGGACAGAGCUAUAGAGGGAAAGAAUAAGGGUGAGAAAAGAUAGUGAAAGAGUUCAAAAAGGAGAGAGAGAGAGGCUGUAGCCCACCCUUGCUCAGUUGCAGUAGGUUGAGGAAGCAGCUCAACUUCACGAGUUGCACGAGGAGAAAGAGGAAGAAGCUGUAAACGCGUGAGAGAAAGAACGGCCAUGAAACACAGCCUGAGGAGGACAAGAGGAGCAUCCAGCUGCUGCAGAAGACAUCUGUAGGAGGAUAGUGUCGGAGAGAAAGAGAAGAGAGAGUGACUCAGACUGGGUGGAUCAGAUUGGACUGUUUUUAUCCUGACCAGCGCAGGAGUGUGUGUGUGUGUGUGUGUGUGUGUGUGUGUUUAGACCAGUCUAAGCAGCGCGUGUGUGUGUGUGAUAGUGAACGGAGAUGUCGUGGCUGUCGCCUGUUCAGUGGGCUAAAUGGACGUGGUCGGCCGUGAGAGGAACGGGUGAGGAGGAGGAUGGAGGGAUGCGAGAGGAAGUGGAAGAUUCUCUAAGAGAAAGAGAAGAGGAAGAGGAGAAAUCACAGAGUUCGGACUCGGAGGGCCAGUUUGAGACGCCUGAGACGGAGACACCAGUCCAUCACCCACUGAAUGACCCAGCAGCACUGGCCCCACCCAGAGGAGACAUUGCAGGUUUAGAGCAAGACGGUGAGGAUCAGCGACUUUCCAUUGCUGAGGAAGCCGAGCGGAUCUCUGCCCAGCUUGAACUGGCCUACCAACAUGAGGCUUUAUCUCUACAGGACCACAGCCUGACCCCACAGCAAACCAAUGACCCUCACAUUAAACCCUCCAGCGUGACCACUGAGCCGGCCGAGUGUCCAGAACAGCAUUCCCAGCCUGUGUGUAACGGCCACCUUCCAGAGCAUUCCCAAACUUCAGUUCCCAAGCCACGGCCUCCAUCUCUGAAGAUGAAAUCUCCACUGAAUGCCGUUGACCCAAAUGAAGUGGAUGAUGAGCCUCCUCCAGUGCCAAAGGGCAGCUACAGUUUUGACCCAGAUCAAUAUGAUGCUAACUUCAAUCCAUUUGCUAGUGGUGGAUCCAAACUGCAGAGUUCCCCAACCCUUCCAAAGGGCACAUAUAGCUUUGAUCCAGACAACUUUGAGGACUCCUUGGAUCCUUUCAAGCCGUCAAAGGCUUUCAGCAAUGGCUCCGCUGAUUCCCAGCCUGCAUCCUCCAGUGUCCCAAAAACACAACAUCCAGACCCUGAAACCAAUUACCAGACGGAAGCUGGGGAGGAAAAUGCUGGACCCAAGAAAAUUCCAACACAGAAGCAAGGAAAAAGGCCUAGCGCUAAAGUCACGCCUAAAAAACAGCGAGCUAAACCUGCACCACAGCAGCCAGAAGCUUCAGAACAGUCCUCCAAGCCAGGAUGUGACUCAGAAACUCCUUUGAACGUUGACGAUAUCCCUAUUCCCAAAAAAUCAUACAACUUCGACCCCAGCCAAUGGGACGACCCCAAUUUCAACCCAUUUGGAGGACCUAGCAAACUUAGCAGCUCUCCAAGUCCCGCUACAGGAGCGUAUACAUUCGACCCAGACAACUUUGAUGAUUCCAUUGAUCCUUUUAAGCCGACUAAAGUUUUUGCAGGCAGGGACUCGGCAAAGGCAGAAACAGAGAAAAGUUUGGAUAUACACGAUAAACAAACAAGCCAAGAUUCCCCCCUGGCGGAGGAACGGAAAGCGCGCCAGUCACCCAAGAAAAACAAGGACAGGAUCAUCACGACCACUGAGCAAGUGCGGUUUCUCUGUUUGCUCCUGAACUCCUGUAAAGUGAAGAAAUUUGAAAAUAAGUCUUUAGUGCUGGACGUCUGUAAUCAGGGUGAAGAGGUGCAGGAGGAGUCAGUUACUCCUCUGGAUCUCCCUGUACGACACGCCACUGAUGAGGAGAAGCUUGCCUCCACAGGAAUGGUGCAGAAAGACUCGACAGACAUGAAAACCACAGAUGACCUACAGGUGGGCAAAACAGACCACUUCAGUGAGAAGGAAAUCUGCACACCUACUGAGGGCCUGUGUAAGUCCCCCGCUCUGAUUGGCUGUGAGAAGACAGAAAAGUCCUCUCCAGGUCUAGACUCCAUCCCCCUCAGUGAAAUGGACAAAGCAGCUGUACUGACCCUCAUCAGGGAGGAGAUCAUUACUAAAGAGAUUGAGGCAAAUGAGUGGAAGAGGAAGUAUGAGGAGAGCAGGAUGGAGGUGAUGGAGAUGAGGAAAAUAGUGGCUGAAUAUGAGAAGACGGUAGCACAGAUGAUAGAAGAUGAGCAGAGAAAGAAUAUGGGCUCUCAGAAGAGCGUCCAGCAGCUGACUAUGGAGAGAGACCAGGCCCUGGCUGACCUCAACUCUGUGGAACGAUCACUCUCUGACCUCUUCAGACGCUAUGAGAACAUGAAGACCGUGCUGGAGGGGUUUAAGAAGAAUGAGGAGGUGUUGAAGAAGUGUGCUCAGGAGUAUCUGGCACGGGUGAAACAGGAGGAGCAGCGCUACCACACGCUCAAACUACAUGCAGAAGAGAAACUCGACAAGGCAAAUGAGGAGAUUGCUCAGGUGCGUUCGAGGGCAAAUGCAGAGAGUGUGGCACUAAAUGCCAGUCUGAGGAAAGAACAGAUGAAGGUGGAGUCUCUGGAGAGAGCGCUGGAACAGAAGAAUCAAGAGAUUGAGGAGUUGACGAAGAUUUGCGAUGAACUCAUAGCCAAACUGGGCACAACAGACUAAAAGUCGGCUAGAGAGACUUUUCCAGCCUUUGAAUCCAUCCCCCAGCUGCUCAAACGUCGCUUUAACACCUAUAAACCCACUCCUGAACUGCCUAGAGUGCACAUCUGCACAUCUGGGCUGCCUCCUGAAGAAGGAGGAAUCCUUGCUUCCUCUCUUCAAGCAUGAAAAUGCAACAACAGCUAAUAAAAUGAAGGAAUAAAGUGGAAUGGAAAGCAAAAAAACCCUCUCAGUUAUACCAACACUCUUUUAGAGACUCAGGAGAGAUCCAACAGCAGCCUACAUGGGAUAGUUAAUAUAACAUGAGGUUGUUUUGUGGGUGAAGCUGAAGUUAGCUUCUGGAUCGCCAGCUUCUUGGUCGAAUUUUCCAUUCCACCUUAAAUGGUGUAGCGGUCACAUACAGUGUGUAUGGAACUUAAGGGAGAAUGGAAAAUUCACAUGUGCUUGUGUAAGUAUUUAUUUGUGUGUGUUGUCUUUGUAUGUUAGGGCUGCACGUUAUGGACAAAAUACAAGUAUUACAUUGUUUGAUUAUAUUGCUGCAUUGUGUUUGCGAUAUAUCUUGCAAUAUAUUAUAUAUAAAUUGCUAAGUCAGUGAUGGCACAUGGAUAAACAUUUGCUUUAAUUCAAUCAGAAUAAGUGACUUUUGUUGGAUUACAUGAAUAUACAGCUUCAUCAAAACACCCACAGAAAUCUGGAGCUGUGGCUGGUUGGGAUGCUCAUAGCACCCUGAUUGGUCAGAGGCUCAUUUGCAUAUUGUAGCAUGUGAUAUCAGUAUUGCAAAGAUCAAAAUCAUGAUAUCGAUUACCAGCGAUAUAUCGUACAGCCCUAGUUUGUAUGUAUGUGUGUGUGAGUGUGUAGGUACUGCAUUUUUGGGGUGUAAUGAUAUGAGCAAUCAUUAUUUUUCAAUACAGGCCAUACGAUAUGCACAGUGAAUUGAAUACAGCUAUAACAUAUACUGACAUAAAUUGCAAUUUUUUUAAAUUAAAAAUACACUUCUUAAAGAUACUCUUUUAUGCAACAACUUGACCCUUCAGGCUGGCUUUUUAUAGUAAAACUUUCAUGCAACUUUGCUUGAAACCUACAAGAAACUGAAUUGCACUGAAGUUUUAUAAUGUGAAACCUCCUGCGACUCAUUUGUAACUUAUUUGCAACAGUUGCAGGCAUCUCAAGUUUCAUGAAACAGCCAGUCAAAACACAGAAAUCGUGUCACAUGAUCACAUGGAAACCAUUGAUUUGACUAGAUCAGGAAAAAAGAAUAAAACAUGUCGGGCAGUUGAAAAGGAAACGUAUUUUGUAGUGAAAUGUGCAUCUUUCAUUGUUUUCAAGUUUAUUCAUGUAACUGCAGAGUUGCAUGGAAAUUAUGUUGCAGGCAACUCACAACAUGCAACUCACAAUCUUGGUUGUUGCAAUGCCAACAGCAGAGCCAACAGUGAUUGGUGGAGUGAGUUUAUAUUGCUUGUGAAAAUUUACAGAAAUCUAAUAAAAAAAAUAGCAUUUCAUGCUUUGGAAAAUCACAUCUAGUUUGCAAGAUAUCAGUUUGAGGUCCAAAUAAAUUACCCAAAUAGAUUGGACUCAGUGUUUACAGGCUUUUGGUUAGAAAGUUUUAAUUAUUCUUGCACUAUAUGAUCAAUCAUCACAGCAGGCUUAUAUUAGAAAAAAUAAAGCAAAAUAAAUGUUGGUUGAAUUUUUUUUUGCUUUUGUAUCAAUUACCACAGUAAACCACAGCACAUAUCAUAUUGUGAAUUUCAUGUAUCAUUACACCCUCAGUACUGCAUGUGUAGGCUGUGUGUGUAUGGAUGUGUGUAACUUGUUAACACAGGUGUUUUAAUUUGGGGGGGUGGGGGUUUGGUGUAAAAAUGAUCCUUCCGCUCAUUUUCCAUCCCUCACUCUGUCCAAUUUUUGCUGUUGAUCCUGAAGGGGGCACUCUCACACUCAAUAUACUGUAAAUAAGAGACUUUAUUGUAUGUUUAUUUUGGUCAGUGGUUUGUUUUCCAGGUUUGUGGUCCAGUCAUGUUGUGAGUGGCACCGCAGUCCGUCGUAAACAGUGAUCGAGGAAAACAAAGUGUUGGAGUUUCUGUGUCACAGUGAUUUGUUUUUAUCGUUAGUCAAAGUCUAAUUUUUAUCAUCAAAAUAUGUGCAUUACGUUGUGUUAAAUGAGUUGUGGUGCACCACAUGAUCAAAAAGAAGUGCGAUACUGUUUUAUGAACAGAUCUGUUCAGAUAUGGGAAGUUACUGUUUUGUGAAUGUUAUCUAAUGAAACUGCAGCACAACCUUCCAUAAUAACUUACAGCACUUCAGUUCACAAGACCAUGAUGAACAUUUAUCAGCUCGUGAAUGGGCUUUAGGUUUUUGUUUUAUGCUGUUUUCUAUCCAUUUAAGUGACAGUGUGGUAAAAUAUUUACCCUCCACACAACCACACCCCAAACGUAGUUGAUCAGCUAAGAGACAUGUUUACUUCUUUACUUUUAGCUCUGGAGCUAGGAGGCUGAAGUAGCUCAUUAUCAUGGUGGUAACUGCAUGCGUAAAUAAUUUCAUACUCUCUAUGAAAUUAUUUCAUAUGUCUAAUAGGCUUGAUUAUGGUUUCCUCCUAGGAUCUCAAUUUUAGCUCCUCUCUAACGUUAUACAUACUCAUAUUUGGGAGCCAUGAGAUAUCUGAACAGUAUACUCCACCAGAGGGCAGUGUAGAUGUUUUGGCUCUCCUUAAAAGACUACUGCAGCCACCUAAAGGCUACUGCACACUCGGCUCUUGUAGAUUUAACUGUAUUAAAACUUUAAACAUCAUUUUGUAAAUUUAUCAUGUUUGGUAUUGAGUAAUUAACUUUGCACAAGCUCGCUGUUUUUCCAGCGAAAACCUACAAGGCACAAUAAGUUAAGGUAUGGCAAGGCUAAUAACGUUAGCUGAGGUUAAACCAGACGAUUAGCAUCUUAACCCUUAUGGAUGCUAUAUACAUAUUUGGGAUUUAUAUAGCACCUUAUGGGUGCUAUAUUGAACUAUUUUCAAAAAGGUUCAGGAGAGAAUCAUCUGCAGCACAUUUACAGCAGUUUGAAGAACCAUUUUACCAUGCAGAGAACCCUGGGUUUCUGGGUAGUCUGGGUUUAACAGAGAACAGCUAUAGAUGUGCAUUGUUUUUGAAUGUUGCAUGUUUCAGUAACAUUUGUUGAAUAUUUUUCAAAUCAUUGAAAAAUCUGAAUGUUAAAUCUGACCAAAAUGCAGAGAGAAAUGGGCUAGCAUAGCUAAAAACAGUAGCAACUGGCUGGGAUGUCUAUCUGCGAGUAAUGCAAACAUGUCUCGGCCAAUCAGCUGCGUUUGUGGUAAUGAGGUAAUUGUGUAAAUCCAAUUUUUUGCCAAACUGCUUCUUUAAUAUGAGAUCUGCUGUUUUAACUCUUCAGUUCUGCCUUUAUCUCUCUGCAAAUGCCAUGAAGUUACUGCCUUUCAUUUUCACACCUGUGGAGAUGUUAUAAUAAUGAAAUCAUGCUAAACUGACAAUCUGCGCUGCCCGAUUUGCUCUGUGCCUGUUUGCCAAAGCAACGCUGACCAAGCGGCUGCUGUUAUAUCCCGCAGUGUCCAUUCUCUAUAUGCAAUAGUCCAGCUCAGUGUAACGGACGUCUGAAACUGCCCUCUGUAGAGGAUAGUGGGAAACGGCCACUACUGUGCUGCUGUUGGGAGUUCGGUGUGUUUUUUUUAUGAGAGUAAUAUUCCUCUUUUAUUCAUGUUUGUAACGUGGAAGAGUGAGCUGCACAGAAAUCAUGUUUACUAAUAUAUAUUUUGUGCUUAAGGCGUUCGCCUGAUUAAAGUAAUAAUAUGAGCUUG